CAAAAAAACUAAGAAAAAACCAUAAAUGGAAACUGUAACAUUCCAAACAAAUCACCAACGAUACAACAGAGAACCAUAAUACUGAUCUUUUCCCCUCAAAUCUCUCCCUUCAAAUAUAUUUUUCUCGUUGCUUCUGUCUCUCUUGUAUUUGUUUUGUUUUUUGUGUUUCUUUUUAGCGAUGAAUAGCCCCAAUGAAGCCAAGACCAAAGCCGAGACUUCAGGCUCAAGUGACUAUGUCUUGUGUCUAGCAAAACCCAUGGAGCAGCCUCAUGUGUCCAACACAGCGACAACAACAAGAUACAAAGGUGUUGUUCUACAACCGAACGGUAACUGGGGCGCUCAGAUAUACACUGAGCAUCGAAGGAUCUGGCUUGGAACUUUCAAAUCCGCUGCUGAAGCCGCUGCUUCUUACGAUAGCGCAUGUAUCAAAAUCCGAGGUAUUGAUGCUAACUCCCACCGGAACUUUCCUUGGUGUGAAAUCACGACCCAUGAACCGGAGUUUCAGGCUAGCUACACAACGGAAGCUGUGUUGAACAUGAUCAAAGACUGUUCUUACCAACACAAGUUCAGAGAGUAUCUCAGAAGAAGAUCUCAGAUGGUCGACUUCACCAACAUCAACAUCGUGGCGGCGGCUGCAUCGAAACAGAGCCGAGGAGGGAGAGGAGUGCAAGAACCAUUCUCUUGCACGCAGCUUUUUAGCAAGGAACUGACACCGAGCGAUGUUGGGAAGCUCAACAGGCUUGUGAUACCUAAGAAGCAUGCGGUGAAGCAUCUACCUUUCAUAAGCGGCGAUCAGAAAGAGAGAGAAGAAGGCGAAAUGGGUGGAGCUCUGGAUGAUGUUGAGGUUGUGUUUUACGAUAGGGCGAUGAGACAAUGGAAGUUUAGGUAUUGUUACUGGAGGAGUAGCCAGAGCUUUGUCUUCACAAGAGGAUGGAAUGGUUUCGUCAGGGAGAAGAGACUCAAGGAGAAAGAUGCUAUCAUCUUUUACCAUUGUGAUGUCCCGACCAGUGUUAAGACAUUACAAGGUCAAAGCAACAGCUUCUUGAUGAUUGAUGUUGACUACUUUACCGACAAGGGUUCCGUGGCUCCCAAGGAAGUAGACAAGAUGGUUCAUAACACUUCCGAGGAAGAAGAGAUGAAAACAGAAACCAAAUCAGAGGUAAACACAGGAGGGUUUAUGCUGUUCGGUGUUAGGAUUCAAUAG